CAAGUCCAAGUCAAGCCAAGAUUAUCACUUCCUGUCCAAACAUCAGAAAUUGCGAUAUUCAUCUCAUGAUCUCAUCCACCCAUUAAAUCCGCAAAUCUUCGCAUCGUCUUGUCACCGUAAGCAAGCACCGAGAGAUCGCGAAAGAUGAACCGCUUGUUCGGCCGCACUAAAGCGAAAGAACCGCCGCCAAGCCUAACGGACUGUAUUGCGGGCGUCGACGGGCGAGCCGAGUCUGUUGACAAGAAGAUACAACGCCUCGAUGCUGAGCUAAAGAAGUACAAGGACCAAAUGGCCAAAAUGCGCGAGGGCCCCGCGAAGAACAUGGUGAAGCAGAAGGCUAUGCGUGUCCUCAAACAGCGCAAAAUGUACGAACAGCAGCGAGACAACCUAAUGCAGCAGUCGUUCAACAUGGAACAGGCGAACUUCGCAACGCAGACUCUGAAGGAUACGAAAGUCACGGUGGACGCUAUGAGGACGGGAGUCAGAGAAAUGAAACGGGAGUACAAGAAAGUCAACAUCGACGACAUCGAGAAUGUCCAGGAUGAGUUGGAAGACAUGCUGGAUCAAGCUAACGAGGUGCAAGAAGCGCUGGGAAGGUCCUACGGCAUGCCCGAAGUUGACGACGACGAGCUCGAGGCAGAGCUGAACGCUUUGGGCGACGCGUUGGACGAAGACACGUCGUACCUCGACGCCGCCAGUGCCGCGCCCACCAUUCCCACAAAGGAACCAGGCGCGGACAGCACCGUCAGUAACGACGGUGUAUUGGUCGACGAGUUCGGCCUGCCCAAGAUCCCUGCUUCUUAAAAACUUGCGUGCAGUGGAAGAAGUGGAAAUUCGUUGCAUGUAUAUGGGCAAUUUGUAAUGUCCGCUCGUUGUACUCCUUUUAAAAAUUGAGAAUAAAUAUGCUUAUCCGUGCAAUA